UUUCUUGGCACUCAGACAACAAUUCUGAGCGCUACUCUGCCGGACAGGUCAUGGUUAAUAAAAAAAAAAAAAAAAAGAAAGUAUUGUUAGUGGUCCUAUAAAAAGACAGGUUGCAUUUUUGAAUUUUUCUACAUUUCAGUUUUCCUUGUUACAGUCGUGUAUUGCCCAGUUUCUUUCUGUUUAAAGUGUCAAACUGUGCCAUCUGGUGGUUAGGUUGUGAAUAACACAAUGGGCAUGUUGAGUUUCUCCAGCCUAAUGCAAUCACUUACAGCUGAAACAUCUGCUAAAGCAUUGCAAAUGUGUAAAAGGUAACGCAAAUAUAAUUUCUGUGAAUAACAGUAAAACUAACGAAAAUAAUUUAAAUGAUUUAUAUGAUAUAUUGCAUAAUCAUAACAUCAUUCUCCAAAUACAUUUGAAGCUGCAACACUGUUGAAAAGUAUGUCAUACAGUUUCAGAUAAGCAGGGAAAAUAAACCAUUUCAUUGAUAGCCUCUGAAAUGUAAACUUUUAUCAACUUUGUCAUAUGUGCAGGAGUUGGUUCUGUACACAAAAAAUAAGUCAUUUUGUCCUUCUACAUCUUUUCGUACUAUGUUAGUUUAGUUAAUUUGCACAGCUCUAAAACACAAUGCAACAAAAAGUAUAAAUAAUAAGCAUUUAUCCGGUAAACUGGCUGCCCUUUGUUGACAACAACCACCCAACUUUUAACGUCACUCCAAAGAAAACAACGUCAGGCAUAGAAAGCACUUGUUCCUUAAAAAGGAAACAACCUGAAUACCUUCAAUGGAAUUGUCUUCUCCUUUAAAGAUGUGGGUGGAGGGCAGAGUUAGGUUUCACUGCCACCUCCCCUUUCUAGACUCACAAAUUGCAGCUGAGCCCUCUCACAAUCCAGAGAGCCGCUCUUGGCUGCGAUCUUAGUACGUCUGCUCUGGUUAAAGCUUUAAGUUUUGUUUUUGUUCUUUUUCUGGUUAAUGUGAAUGUAGCUGCCAUCAAUGAAGAACCACAAUAGGACACACCUCUGGGAAACUUUCACAACUUAUCCACACUUUUGUCGAAGGUCCCUGACCCCUAAAAAGAAUUUAAACUACCUGGAUUUCUCUUUGUGUAUGUCUGGGAAUUUUUGUAACUCAAAUGAGAAUUUUUGUCAAGUGAGGAGAUGGCUAAGAUGCACGGACUCUAUGUAGUACUACUGACAGCUCUAUCCUUCUGGAAAUAUUGCCUGGCAGAAUGGAACGCUACCAAUGAGUCUUCCAACCAAACUGCCUGUCACCUUCAUGGCAAGAAAGGCAACUGCACAGGUAGAAAUGAAAAAAAUCCUGAACAGUGGGAUGGCCACUUCUCGAAAUGUCCUGAGGAGCUGUCACAUUACUGUGUUCAUGGAGAGUGCCGAUACGUUAAGGAACAGGAGGCACCAUCCUGCAAGUGUCAGAGCCAUUACACCGGUGCCAGGUGUGAAUAUGUGGACUUGGACUGGUUAAGAGGAGAGAGACAACAAAUCAUAAUAGGUGUCACCAUUGCAGGGCUCCUGUUCUUGAUGAUCCUCGUUGUUUCCAUCUGCAUCUGUUCACAUCGCAGGUGCAGAUUGUGUGGACGGAGAAGAAGACAGACGGAAGAGCCAAAAAAUGGGACAGAGAAGAACACCAUGCUGGACAGUACAGGAAUGACGCCAGACUCAACAGAGCUAACACAUACCAACUCAGUAUGAGGACUCCGUCAGAGCCGACCACAAGCCGAUCAUUACCAUUCCAUGUAUAAAUAUGGGAUAGUUUCUGGCUACAGUCUCACUGUGAGAGCAGUGAGCCUCAGGUGGUCCCUGGACAGCACCUGGGCCCAUAAGGAAUACCACUUCACAAGAAAAUGCUCAGAAGCUCCCUUCUUUCCUUUCAAAGCUGCUGUAUUUGAAAAAUUAAACAGACUUCUGGAAGGCGAGGAAGAUGCCCUCCUGGAUUUAUGAGCCAUCGAGGAGUGUGCAUCUGCAUGGGUGCUGGAGAGGAGGCUUUUGUUUUAAAAGAUGUGGAGCACUAGACAUGGCUUUUCACUGCUAUUCACGCAGCACUAAAUAAAUUGUUGCUAUGUUGGAAAAAGCUAUGAGGCCAGCUGGCAGCCAGUGAUAACAGUCAGCCAGGUUGGCUUGGAACUGGUGACUGUGGGAGACAAACGAGAAGAAAACGACUGUCCUUUUGGGGAAGUUGAGCUACAUACAUCAACCUUUAAAUAGAUUUAAAUACCGAAUCUGACAACUACAGCCUUGGGUUUGUUUACUGCUUGACUGGCUUUUGUGUAAUGUCACCGUUUUAUCUGCGCCACAAAAUGGCCAGUUUUACCUUUUAACAUAUCACUAUAGAGCCACGUCUCCGCUUAAGCUCGCAGACAAUAUUUUUACUCAUGCACAUGACCAAUGCAAGAAGAGCCCCAUAAAAGCUGGAGCUACAUUACCUGCACGGCUCAUAGAGGACAAGUAGAUCUAGUGCUGGAGUUUUUUUUUUAAUCUAUAUAUGUGGAGACGUGCAGCCUGGAGGCUACAGAAGAGAACAGCUGAGUCUGUGUGCACAGGCUGACAGUGCUCCUCUGUUGGAAACAGUUUCAGAGCUGCCAAACGUUCACCGAGGUUUCAACAUGUAUCUAUGCAGAAAGUAACGCAGUUAAAUCUGCCUCUGCCAUAUAUAUCACCUGUCAAUAAACAUACUGUUGUGUACUGUA